AUGUCGCGAUACGACUGGGACGGAACAGAAUUCGAAUCAAUUAUUGACGAGUUGAUUGAGAAAACUGACAGGAACAAGGAACAGCUAGACAAGAUUCAGGCAACCCUGGAUUCACUAGAGAGAGAUCAUGAUGCCCUCAAGAAUAAAAUAGUAGGUCCACUACAAUAUGAUUUUGAAGCUUUUAAAAUUGACACAAUAAAAACAGUUGUAAAGAUAUACAAGAAUCUAAAUGAAAAAUCAUUUUUUGUAAUAGGAAGUAUACAACUAUGA